AGGCGUCUCGCGCACUUAAAGGCACAGGUAGUGGUUUUGCUUGCGCGCCUGGGUGAGUAGCGAGAACUUUGUAUUACAUCUAUCCUAGAACGAGAGACUUCAGUUUUAAGUAAUCUAUUUCAUUAAGCGCAGCGGAACAACAUUUUCAGAUGUGUCUUUAACAAGGGAAAAGCUUCAAAUACCCAUUUUAGCCUUACAUAAAAUAGCUUGUAUACAACAAGCGCAGAAAUAGAGGAACUGCUGCAUGUAUCUCAUGACCGCCAGGAUAUUAGGUGUCUGAAAUGCUGUCAGAGUUAAGUUCCUUCUUUAAAGGAGUGCUGCUUGGCAGCCUCUUCUGCCUGACGUUCUCCUACUUCGCUGACCUCGGGCAGCCGCCGCCACCAUCCGCUAUAAGGGACCAUUUUCACCAUCACAUCAAGGCCUCCGGCAAAGAGGCGCUGAUCCGGAUGCCGGACUCUGUGAAGCUGGAGAUGAGCCACAGUCUGCGGGUGUUUUGCAUCAUCAUGGUGCGGCCCAAGAUCCUCACCAAGUGGGCCGCGACGAAAGACACGUGGAGCAAGCACUGCGACAGGGCGGUCUUCUACACCUCGGAGUCAUCCAAGGCCUUGGAGGCAGUAGAUCUGCAGGAACAAGACGAGUGGGUGAUGAUGCGCAAGGCCCUGACGCACGCCUACAACAAUGCCGGCGACCUGCGCUGGUUCUUCCUGGCGCAAGCCACCACUUUCGCCAUCAUUGAGAACCUGAAGUACCUCGUGCUGGACAAGGACCCCGAGCAGCCAUUCUACAUCGGCAACGUGCUGAAGUCGGGGGACCUGGAGUACGCCGAGUAUAGCAGCGGCAUCGUGCUGAGCUUCGAGGCUCUGAGACGCCUGACGCUCGCCUUCGAGGAUGAGCUCAAGUGCCCCCUGAGCAGCCACUCGCUGUGGAAGCGCGCCGAGGAGAAGGAGCUGGCCGUGUGCCUGAAGUACACGGGGGUCUUUGCCGAGAACGGGGAGGACGCAUUGGGAAAGGGGCUUUUCAACAGCAAGAGCGUGGGGGCGCUCAUCGCGGACAGCUUAUCGAACAAUCCUGCAGAUGUGGUGCAGAGCUGCUGUCCUGAUCUGGCCAUCACCUUCAAUGGCAUGACUCCUGAGCAGAUGCACGUCAUGAUGUUCGGCGUGUACAGACUGCGGCCAUAUGGGCACGUUUUCCAUGACUCUCUCAUAAUCUUGCCCGCUGAAGGGUCAGAUAAUGAUUGAUUGCGACUAACUGCAGCCUUUAGUCGCUUUAACUUGUUGGACUUUUAAUCACACAAAGGACUGGCCGUGCCUUAUGAAGGUAUUUUAGCUUGUUUUUUUAACGCUGUUUUGUUUUUGAAGGUAUGCAAAAUUUCUUGUCCAAACCGGCAUGGGGAGUCUGCUCUUUUGCAUAGCCUUUAGCUGUUUGGAGGUCAAAGUCUGCCUCGCACAGCAGUGAACAUAUGUCACUAGUUGCUUUUUAACCAGAUUUUAUAUUGACAUUACAAUAAAUUAUGUUUAGCUUUCCAGCAAAGCCCAUAUGCAAAUAUAAAGCAAGAACUUCAACAUGUCGUUCAAACAGAAGGCAUCGUUUAGUGUUUUUAACAGAACGACUCCAAGGUCAGUUUUUCAUGUAUAUCCAGCAACUUUUCUGUUGCCCAAAACAACAGAUGGUUAUCAAAGAAUGUGCAAAUGGAAACUUACUUUCAUGAACUAACCAGCUCAGGACAAUAAAACAUGAGAGGUUGUUGGGAAUGAUGGAACAAUGACCUUGGGUCUGACAUACAGAAGCGAGCAAACGGUGAUGUGUGUAAUGUCAUUUAGUCAAAAGAUCCAACUGUUGUUUCUUUUGUGAAAUAGCCAGAAAUCCAGGCUUCUUUUUCUGCUACAUACUGUGAACGUUAAACAAAAUUUAAAUUUGUGUGGGGAGAAGAGAGCAGCUCAGUAAGAAUGAAAGACACUUUCGUUCAGUUUGCCAUUCUUUGGGUCGCAUCGCACUGCCACCCAGUCGACUUUAGUUUUUUUGCCCUCUUGAAUGAACUCUAGCACUCGCUUAUGUUAAUAGUGUUUCCAGGAACACCCUCACUACUGCCCCUGUUCCCCAUCAUUUGAAUGUCAGCGUCGUCGUUUCCUGAUUUUAAAUGUUGUCACUUUUAUGGGUCCAUAGUAUAAAUAUGUUGUGUGAUUUGCCUGAAAUGUGCUUUUUUUUCUGCAUCUUCUAUCAAGGUGAUUUUAAUUGACCACUUUGUUAUUCAAGUUAUUGUGUCGUCUCUUAGCUCAAACGCAUUUCACUAUAUUUACAAUCCAGUCAUGCAUUAUUAAAUAAUGCAUAUUAUAUAUAUUUAAGUUACUUUACUAUCACCCUGCACCAGGUAAGUGAUUAUGGAGGUUGACUAAAUGAAUAAUUUUAUUUAUUUGAUACUGCAGUGAUUUGCAAUCAGAAGGGGUUUGUAGUAAUAAUAGAUUUUUUAUAUGGAUUUUUACAAUGAAGAUUUGAGCUAUGCUGGGAUCAACAAUGAUGUAUUUUGAACAAAAAUAUUUUCCAGUUUUUGUAAAUUAUAAUUGCUGUAUAUUAUAUUUGUCUGUACAAAUAUAAUUAUGUAUACAGUGUGUAAUUUAAAUUAUGAAAUUAAAUGUAUUAAAAUAUAUAGCUUUCCUUUAUUUUCUGUACUGGAGAGUGGAUGUGAUAUGAGAUUGACAGAGCGAGCUAUUUUUUCUUGAUGAUGUACUUUAUUAAGAGCAUUUUAUGUAUGUAAAAGAUUCAUAGUGGGAAAAACAUGUACAAAAAUAUGGGUUCUCAGAAUUUCUAAGCAAAUAAAUAUAAAUCCAGAAAUA